UUGGGGCUGGAAAAACCUUCCCUAACGCCGUACGUCAGCGUUCUUAGCGAGUGGAUCGUCUUCCGCGCUUCCGGUCCCUAUGGGGCGCCCGAUCUCAUCACCCACGAUGCGGAAGGUGAUGCUCGCGCGUACGGUCGCGAUUGUGGUUAUUCUGAAGGGCAAAUAAUAACAGCUCGUCACCUGAUUGUACACGACGAAGGGUCUCUCACAGAUGGAUGCAUACCGAUCCUUCGUCCCACGCAAGAGCGGCUUUUGGUCCGGAGCGAGUAGUCAGAUAAUGACUUUAGCAGGAUCCAACGGGUAGUGGAGAAGGCUCAGCCCUGCAGCUUAUGUAUACAUCAAAAGCAACGCCACACCAUGUUCUCUUCAUCCCCGGACCGUCCGACAACAUCGUUACAUCUCACCGUAUCGUUAUCCGCACACAAUGGAUAUCCACAACUCAACAGUAGCGACUCUGGCAUCGCAAGUCGCUCGCUUCAGUGCCUCAAAGACCCCAUUCCGCAUUUACCAUGGCUCUACACUGUCAACACGGAAGUCUUCUCGGGAUCGCAAUCAGAUCAUCGAUGUCAGCUCACUCAACCAUGUGCUCCAAUUCGAUGAGCUUGAAAAGACAGUUCUGGUGGAGCCGAAUGUGCCGAUGGAUAAACUUGUGGAAGCUACGAUGGCCAGAGGUUUCUUGCCGAAAGUCGUCAUGGAGCUCCCGAACAUCACAGUCGGUGGCGGAUUCGCUGGUACCAGUGGCGAGAGCAGCUCCUAUAAGUAUGGGUUGUUCGAUCGCACCAUCUCUGGCAUUGAGCUUAUACUAGGAAACGGCGAGGUAGUAUGGGCGUCGGCAAAAGAGAACCGCGAUCUAUUCUUCACAGCAGCCGGGAGUUGCGGAAGUCUGGGCGUCAUUACCCUACUCAAAAUGGAGCUGAUUGACGCAAGUCGCUACGUUGAGUUGGAGUACAUUCCAGUUUGCUCAACAAAUGAGGCCGUCGAGCAAUUUCGACGCUACCAAGACGAUCUCGAGGUCGAAUACAUGGAUGGUAUUCUGUAUUCGAUGACGAGUGGCGUGAUUAUGAUCGGUCGCCUGACGGAUGCUCCAAUGAAUAGAAGCAUUCAGAGUUUCGACAAAGCGACAGACCCCUGGCUAUACAUGCAUGCACAAGACAUUCUGAAGCGGGUUCAGGACGAGAACACAACACACAAGGAGCUUGUGCCUGUUCAGUCAUAUCUUUUCCGCUACGACAGAGGCGUCUUCUGGUCAGGACUGCGCGCGUUCAAAUACUUCGUUACGCCCUUCAAUCGUCUCACGCGCUUUCUCCUAGAUCCUUUCAUGUACUCUCGGACAAUGGUACAUGCUCUGCAUCGCUCAGGUCUCGCAUCCCGAACGAUCAUACAAGACUAUGGUGUACCAUACGAUGCGGCGGAAGAAUUUGUUCGAUGGACAGACGAAAGGACUGGUAUCUGGCCGCUCUGGCUGUGCCCAGUGAAGUCGGCGCCCCGUGGGGAGCGAAGCUUCUCCCAAGGGAACAAUAUCAAAGACGACAUCCUCCUCGACGUGGGAAUCUGGGACAUGGGACCGAGUGACGCCCACGAAUUCAUCAAGCUGAACAGAGACUUCGAAGCCAAAGUCACCGAGCUAGGAGGCAUGAAGUGUUUGUAUGCGCACGCGUAUUACACCGAGCAAGAGUUCUGGGACAUCUACGACGAAAAGAAGUACAUGGACCUACGGAGAAAAUACCACGCCGAGAGCUUGCCAAGUGUUUUUGACAAAGUGAAAGUUGAUCUGCAAGGCGUUGCCGGAGGGAAAAGCGUGAUGAAGACGGAGACUUGGAAUGAAUGGGCAUACCGCCAAUUUUGGGAUACAUGGCCGCUUGGUGGGUUGUAUGGGGUUGCGAGCGCAACGAAGGGGUUGUUUUUCCAAAGCGAUUUCUUGUUGAAGAAGUGACAACGCAUCGUACCGAAGAUGGCUGGAUAUCGGGGAAUGUGUGGGAGAUCCAUUGCAUCGGCAUACGCCUUAAAAGCAUCGUGAUGCACAUCUGGGCCGUGUUGCCCUGACAGCUGCCUGCAGGUCUAGAAGAAUGACGAUCGGCGGACUAGAGCCUCAAACGCGUCUUGUGCUGCGUGAAUGGCUUACGGUGACGUUGUGCGCAUGGUAUAAUGGCAGGUCAGUGGCUGAUUUAGAUGGUGGUUCACACGUAACAAACCGGUUCACAGCCUGUUUCAGAUGGGAUUUGCUCUUGGUGAAAACGCGUAGAAGGCGCCAGUAGUCGCGUGUACGUCAGGGCUGGGUUAGCGUGGAAGCUUGACUACUCCCGGCCUCGACUCACCGCAAGCUCGCAUUGACGUAGCAGAGGCUAGCCUCCACACCAACCACCCCAUUUCGCCCACCACAACAGGCGCC